GGUUAGUGGUGUUUCCCGGCUCGUGGUAUGAAAAAGUGAAGGUUUAUGGCGAAUCCGCGAUCUCAAGAGCAUCACACGUGUGUCAAAUGCGUUUACGGCAACCUGUAGGUUUCAUCCACUUUUGAGCUAUACAAUCGCCAACAAUAGUCGUCUAUAACCGGGCUGCUGCGCUGGAACACUUUGGUGAAGAAAAGAAGACUGAUUACAGGAGCAAGGAAAGCCACUGUCACGAUAGGCUUAUCAUCUGAACUAACCUGUGAAUCUUGCGAAAUUUGAACAAUCUACUCCAGUGCAUAAUUAAAAGAGCUUGAAAAUGGCUAUGUCCGGACUACGUUCUUUCACCCGCAAUAUGGCCACAGCGGCUAAAAUCAACAAUGUCGUCGUUAUCGGCGGGGGACUGAUGGGUUCCGGCAUUGCCCAGGUUGCUGCCGCUACGGGCCACAAUGUAAAAUUAGUCGAGAUGAACGAUGAACUUGUGCAGAAGGCCAUCGGAGGAAUUCGCAAAAGUCUCGAGCGUGUCGCAAAGAAGCAAUUUAAGGACGAUACCGCCAAGGGACAACAGUUUAUCAAUGAAACACUCGCCAAGAUCAAGGGCGAAACUAAACCGGAAAAUGCUGCCCAGGAUGCAGAUCUUGUCGUUGAAGCGAUUGUUGAACGUAUGGAUGUGAAGCACCAGCUUUUUUCCAAGCUCGACGUGUCCGCUCCAGCUCAUACGAUAUUUGCGAGCAACACGUCCUCAUUGUCGAUCGCAGAGAUUGGUUCAGUAACGAAACGACAGGAUCGCUUCGGAGGAUUGCACUUCUUCAACCCGGUUCCCGUGAUGAAGCUUUUGGAAAUUAUUCGCACCGAUUUCACAUCCGAUGAAACGUACAACUGCUUGGUGGCGUUUGGUAAGCGCCUCGGCAAGAGCUGUAUCAGCUGUAAAGAUACACCCGGAUUUGUUGUCAAUCGGUUAUUGGUGCCGUACAUGGCGGAAGCGAUUCGACUCCUAGAACGUGGGGAUGCGUCGCCGCGCGACAUCGAUACGGCAAUGAAGCUGGGCGCCGGCUAUCCUAUGGGACCGAUUGAAUUGCUAGAUUAUGUUGGCCUUGAUACGACGAAUAACAUUCUACAGGGAUGGCAUGAAAAGUAUCCAGAAAAUCCACUUUUUAAGCCGAUUAAAACACUAGAAAAACUUGUAAGUGAAGGUAAACUGGGCGUUAAAUCUGGAGAAGGUUUUUAUGCCUACAAAAAGUGAAUCCAUCGUACCUCUAUGAGAGAGAACAUUAUAUUUAAUAAACAUAUUUAGAUCUUUAACCGUAA